AUGCAUCAGUAUCCUUUUCUUUCUUUCUUUCUUUCUUUCUUUCUUUCUUUCUUUCUUUUAAUCUUUCUUAUUUUCUUUCUUUCUUAUAUCUAUCUACCUAUCUAUUCCAUACCGUCUAGUCUAUCUAUAUAUCCCCGUCUAAUCUAUCUCAUUCUCUUCAUAAUCUAUCUAUCUAUCUAUCUAUCUAUCUAUCUAGCACCUCUGUUUAUCUAUCUAUCUAUCUAUCUAUCUAUCUAUCUAUCUAUCUAUCUAUCUAUCUAUCUCAUUCUCCUCAUAAUCUAUCUAUCUUUAUCUAUCUAUCUAUCUCCGUCUAGUGUAUCUAUCUAUCUAUCUAUCUAUCUAUCUAUCUAUCUAUCUAUCUCCGUCUAUCUAUAUAUCUAUCUCAUUCUCCUCAUAAUCUAUCUAUCUAUCUAUCUAUCAUCUAUCUAUCUAUCUUAUUCUCCUCAUAAUCUAUCUAUCUCAUUCUCCUCAUAA